CUUUGAUAUGAUUAAGCUAAUGACAACGGAUACAAGGAAAAAGUGAGACCAAGCCGCCAUUAUUGUCACCUCCACCGUGCUCAAUCCUUGCAGUAAAAAACGAUUUCUUUUUGCCUUCUUCACAAAAAUCCCAAUUCUUGUUGUUCUUCGAAGAAUGAUCUUUUUUCGGCAAUCCGCCGAUUGAUUGCGGCUGUGUUACAUUGCACCGGCAAUAACCGGCGGGUCUUCCCCUCGAUUCCGCCUAUUCUGUUUUGCUGGGAAAUCCCUAAAUUUUCUGUUGGGAGUUAGGGUUUUUAACGACAUUUGGGGGAUUUUCGAGGGAAGUGGUUACUCAUCUAGUGGCCGCGAAAUUUGUUGCAAUCCCUUAAAAAAAAAAGAAGUGAUUUGCACUACUGAGGUUUGUGGUGAUCUUGUUUGGAAGUUUCUUAGGUUAUCAUCUUGGAGAAGUCAAAAGAGUUUCUUGGGUGUGUACUUUGAGGCUGGUUUGGGAAUGGGGCCUAUAUACUACAUAUUGAUAGCAUUGCCAUGCACAAUUGGGGCAAUGGCAUUGGCGAUUCUCCACAUUUACAAACAUCUACUGAAUUAUACCGAGCCCAUAUAUCAGAGAUACACUGUCCGUAUCAUCUUUAUGGUUCCAGUGUAUGCAUUAAUGUCUUUUUUGUCCUUGGUCCUAAACGAGAGCACAAUCUACUUCAAUUCAAUCAGAGAAAUAUAUGAAGCUUGGGUCAUCUAUAAUUUCUUAUCACUUUGCCUGGCAUGGGUAGGUGGUCCAGGAGCUGUCGUGGUAAGUCUGUCUGGAAAAGUUUUGAAGCCAAAUUGGUGCUUAAUGACGUGUUGCUUUCCCCCACUUCCAUUGGAUGGCCGAUUUAUUCGGAGGUGCAAACAAGGGUGUUUGCAGUUUGUGAUUCUGAAGCCCAUUCUGGUUGUAGUUACUUUGGUACUUUACGCGAAAGGGAAAUAUGAAGAUGGAAAUUUCAACCCCUUGCAAUCCUAUCUUUACCUCACCAUAAUCUAUACGUUCUCGUACUCGGUGGCACUUUAUGCUCUGGCCUUGUUUUAUGUGGCUUGCAGAGACUUGCUUGAGCCAUUCAAUCCAGUUCCCAAGUUUAUCAUAAUCAAGUCCGUUGUGUUUCUCACAUAUUGGCAGGGUGUUCUAGUCUUUCUUGCGGCAAAAUCUGGAUUCAUAAAGGAUACUAAGGAAGCUGCAGAUUUUCAAAACUUUAUAAUCUGCGUUGAGAUGCUUAUUGCUGCCAUUGGACAUCUUUAUGCCUUCCCUUACAAAUUUGCGCCAACCUACCAUGAUUACGUGCUGUACAAUCCUAGCGACAGUGAUGAUGGUUCAAGGAAGUACAGGGCCCGAACUUUUGUCCCGACUGGUCCGGAAAUGGAUUCGGCCCGAAAAAGCAAAAGCAUGUUUGGGAAUAAGCUGGAGGACAUACAAUUGGCGAGCCUAUCGGAUUCAAGUGGUAGCAGCCUCGAAAGUUCGCUAAACGAUAUUAUGAAAUUGGACGUGGUCAACACGUCGUCUUUAAUCGAUGUACCGAACGAUAAUGCCAGUGGGGCCCACGAUCAUGCACUUAUCGAAAUAGAUAUGUCCAAUUACUCGGAGAAAGUGCCCCCAGCUAAUGAAGUUGAUACUUGUUGAACUGCUGUUACAGGUGGAGAGUCUGGAUAUUUCUAUUUUUUUGUUUUUUUUUUCCUUUGUGGGCUAUCAGUGUUUUCGAUUUGUCGGUAGAUUUUUCCUGACAACAGGCAGUGUAAAUGUAAGUGUUUUGAUAAAAAGAUGUGAGCUUUUUAUUAUUGUACAUGAAAUCAGUUUCAGGGUGAUUGUUUAUACGUGGUUCGUUUUGGUUUUGCUUAAUGGAUUUUCUUCAUGCAGUUUUUGUUUUGUGAAUGAUGAUGAAGUGUGGUUUUGAUAUAGUUUUGUUUGUGUUGAAGAUGUGAAAUGCA